CAGUGCCAUCUCAGUCACUUCAACUUUUCCAACCCCCCAAAACAACCAAAACCGUUUUAGUUUGUUAUUGCUACGGUGAAAAUGGACAUUUUGCAAGAAACUGUCUUUCGGAAAAGAAACCCGUAAAAGAACAAAAAUCCCAGGCUACCCAACUCAAUAACAAGUCAAAAAACGUUAGUUAUACUGACACGGAAUAUGAAAAAUAUUUAGGGGAUCAAAAAGAAGUGGAACAAGCCUUGUAUAACCAGACUCCACAGCAACAAGCCACCUUUGAAGUUCCGGAAUUAGAUGAUCCUAUAGCAGUUGAAGUAUUGCCCUUGCAAGGUCCGGCAAAGAAAGUUGUUAAGAAACGAUUACUAUUAGGCAUCUCCUUGAAUCAAAAGGCAUCUGAAUAUAAUAUUGGACAAAAAGUCACACCUAAACAACAAGAUAAUGCCCAUAAUUUAUUGUUUAGAAAUCAUGCAGUGUUUGCUACCAACAUCUCUGAAGAUAGACAAAUGAUGG